UGAAGGUGCUGUUGAAUAAAGUAUCUAGAGAUGAAGCUUUUCUGCAUUGUCGUUCUAGCUAUUCUGCUUGAUGUCUUUGACGGAGCAAACGGACAUGGCAAACAUCCAGAAAUAAAGAGAAAUAAAACUGAGAUAUCACCAGCAGGACGAGUCUACGGUGGAUAUCUAGUUCGCCAGGAUGAUCCACAAAGGCAGGGCUUCACUGUUCGAAUUACCUACUACUUACACGGCACAACGGCAGAUGAUGCUUGUUCAGGAGCCAUUAUUACUUCAGAAUGGGUUAUAGCAACAGCUUGGUGUCUUGAAGCCCCUAAUUCUGACGAUACUUUUGACGUUAGGAUUACUGAUUUGCAAGGAACCCGAUGGCAAACAACCCUUACGGAGACUGUUUUAAAUCCGGAUUAUGACAGCAAUACCCUGGUAAAUAAUAUUGGAAUGGGAAAAGUUGCUGAUCCAUACACUUUCAAUGAUUACCUCUUUCCGGUAAGUGAAGGUGGUACUGAUUGGUAUAACGACUACUUUACGGGUGAAAAGUUAAACUUCUGUGGAUAUGAAGAUGUCUAUACCGUCGAUACGUAUCUUAUUGAAGAGCCAACUUGCAAUACCUUCGUCCCGUGGAACCGUAGGAGAUGUGAGGCAGCUGGCUUAGAUCUCACUAGUACGGAGUUCUGUGCAGCAAGCUCGGACUAUACAAUUGUUGCUGGUUGCUACUACGACUUUGGCGCUGUCCUCGUUUACUACGAUCCUACUGAUGGGACAUCCUAUGCGUAUGGCCUGGCAUCCUACACCACUCCCAAUGUCUGUACAAAGGGUCCAACUGCUUACCUCAAUUUGGUCUACUACAACGCUUGGAUCGAAAGCGUUCUUUCCGACUAAAAGACGUUUAAGUCGAUAAAAUUAUAAAAUUUCAAACAUGAGAGCCAUUGCUCCAAAAUAAAAUUAUUUAGCUGCAAAA